GCCCUUGCAUCUGAUAUUGAAGAUUCGAGGCCAGCCAAGCCGAAGAAAUACCUCCGAGCAGGCGGAGGACAGGUUUGGGAAGAUCCCUCUCUAGCCGAAUGGGACAAAAAUGACUUCCGCAUAUUCUGUGGCGAUCUCGGGAAUGAGGUGUCCGAUGAGUUGCUUGCAAAAGCCUUCCGUAAAUACCCCAGUUUUCAAAAGGCAAAGGUUGUGAGGGACUCGAGGUCAAACAAGAGCAAAGGCUAUGGUUUUGUGGCGUUUUCAGAAUCAGAUGACUAUGUGCGGGCGAUGAGAGAGAUGGAUGGUAAGUAUGUUGGAAAUCGUCCUAUAAAGCUGAGGAAGUCCAAUUGGAAGGACCGAAACUAUGAUGUCGUGAAAAAGAAGCAAAAGCAAAAAGCUAAGCUAGGGCUGUGGGGUUGA